CUUUUACCUGAUUUUGUUCAUCACCCAGUUCCUGCCCAAAAGCAAAGAUAAAAAUUUACAUUUUACUUUUACAGAAAGCAGAGAUCUUUAUGAUCAGUUACAAUUUUCCUCUUCAACCCUGCCUUUUUUUGUCUGAAACGGAGCCACUUGGCGCCGUUUUAGAUUCCAUACACUCUGAUUCAAACGGUGUCGUUUGCCUAUCAUAGUACCUUAUCAAAUACAAUCCAAAUACAAUCCAAAUACAAUCCAAUCGCAGAAAAGAUAAGACUUGCCCGCCAUAUUCAACGUCUCUGACCAAACCCACAAAGAAAAAUAGUCUCUUGAGAACUACAGAGUCCAACACUUACACUUUCAACAUUUUUCAAUGGCAAAACUGUCUGAAAAUGAGGUGAAUUCAUUGAGAAGGAGACUGGCCUGUGUUAAUAACCAUUUGAAUCCAGUUCAUGCAGCUUCACAACAAGUACAGGAGAAGAUUAUUAGCUUAUCCAAUGCUUCUUCUUCAAUGGAUGAUAGCUAUCAUAGAAUCCAUGGAGAAGUUUCUGGUAAAGAAGUUGUAUGGAGAGUUGCUUUUGAUGAGUAUGAGAAAGAGUUUACUGACAUUGUUUAUGAGAAAGCAGUUGGUGAUGGGAUUGCUAAGAUUACUAUAAAUAGGCCAGAGAGAAGAAAUGCAUUUAGGCCUCAGACUGUUAAGGAGAUGAUUCGUGCGUUUAAUGACGCUAGAGAUGAUAGUUCUAUUGGGGUUAUCAUUUUAACUGGCAAGGGAACGAAAGCUUUUUGCAGUGGUGGUGACCAGUCAUUAAGAACUCCAGAUGGUUAUGCUGAUCCUAAUGAUAUGGGUCGUCUCAAUGUUCUGGACUUGCAAGUACAGAUUCGGCGGCUUCCCAAACCCGUAAUAGCAAUGGUUGCAGGUUAUGCUGUAGGAGGAGGGCAUGUGUUGCACAUGGUCUGUGAUCUCACUAUUGCAGCAGAUAAUGCUAUUUUUGGCCAAACUGGUCCAAAGGUUGGAAGCUUUGAUGCUGGUUAUGGAAGUUCUAUCAUGUCCAGAUUGGUCGGACCAAAAAAGGCGCGCGAGAUGUGGUAUCUGGCAAGGUUCUAUACAGCUUCUGAAGCAGAGAAAAUGGGGCUUGUCAAUACUGUUGUCCCUCUGGAAAAAUUGGAGGAAGAAACAGUAAAAUGGUGUCGACAGAUACUAAAGAAUAGUCCAACUGCAAUUCGAUUACUGAAGUCAGCUCUUAAUGCAGUCGACGACGGACAUGCAGGACUCCAGGAACUUGCCGGGAAUUCGACACUGAUAUUCUACGGCACUGAGGAAGGCAAUGAAGGGAAGACGGCUUAUAUGCAACGCAGACCUCCGGACUUUUCAAGAUUUCCACGACGACCUUGAGAAUGCCUUACUACUACAAUUGUAGAUUUCAUCACCAAUUUAUUUGACUUCUCAAUAAAACUGAGUGAGCCAGUUUAAAAGUAAAUGAUGAUUACUGUAGAAGCACUCAUCGAAAAAGGCUUGUUUAGCCACCAUAUGAGCCACCCAGUCACGACUUACAAAUUGAAACCUAACUUCUUAAAUUUGAGAAAUUAUUGCUUGUAUGAAUAAAUUAACAUUAGAGUCA